ACCCCGUCAACAAUUGUGCUGCGCACGCGCAAAAAAUGUUGUCUGCAUUCUUUGAAAAAAAAAUGGCCGUAAUUGUCAGCUGGAUAGCUGAGCUCGUCUGGGAAAUUUUUCAAAUCUCUGGACUGACUAUACAAACCUUUCUCGUCUUCUGUGUGGUCUUCCUCUUGGCAUAUGUUCUCUUGAAACGCCACAAAAACCUGCCUCCCUACCCGGCAGGACGCGUGCCCGUUCUCGGGCACCUCCUCGCCUUGGGCCGAGAACCCCCUCUAAAACUGACGGCGUGGAGGCGGCAGUACGGGGACGUCUUCACCGUCAGGAUGGGGAUGGAAGAUGUGGUGGUUCUGAACGGUUACACUGCCGUCAAGGACGCGCUCGUGGACAGGUCCGAGCUGUUCGCGUCCAGGCCGCCAAACUACCUGCUCGACGCGAUUGUUGGUUGCGGAAAAGAAAUUGUUUCCGCACGCUGGGGGCCCGAGUUCAAACAGAGAAGGAAGUUUGCAACCGCCGCCUUGAAGAACCUGGGCAUGAAGGUUGGCACUGGCAGCAUUGAGGAGAGCAUCCGGGAGGAAGCGAACUGUCUCCGCAACAGGAUUGCAGAAUACGAGGGACAGGCGUUUAACAUAUCCAGCGACCUGGGCGUGUCUGUAGGAAACAUCACCUGCUCCAUGGCGUUCGGGAAGCGCUACGACUACGGAGAUGAAACGUUCUGUGGGCUCCUGGAAGCUGUGAUGAACGUUAUUGCCGAGCUGGGAGCGGGGCAGAUCAUCAGCGUCUUCCCCUUGCUGCGGUUUGUUCCUGGAAUAAACCGAGCAUUCAUGGAAGUGCUCAAACAGAACUCCAAGAUCCACGAAGUGCUGUGGGACGAGAUAGCACGUCAUCGCGAGAACUUCGAUAACGAGAACCCGCGAGACUUCAUCGACUUCUGCCUUUUGGAGCUGGAACAGCAGGAGAAGGUAUCCGGUCUAACGGAGGAGAACGUCAUGUACAUGGCGCAGGAUCUCUUCUUCGCCGGGACGGAGACUUCCACCAACACACUGCUCUGGAGUCUGCUCUUCAUGACCUUGAACCCUGACAUCCAACAAAAGGUCCAUGAGGUGCUUGACACCGUUGUUGGUAAGAGUCUGCCCGCCCUGUCCCACCGUUCCCAGCUGCCCUACGUGAACGCCUGCCUGAUGGAGACCAUGCGGAUCCGCCACAUCGCCCCACUGAUAAUCCCUCACGCCACCACGGACACCGUCAGAGUGCAGGAAUACGACAUCCCGGAGGGAACUCUGCCCGGUAUCCCUGGAGACCAGCCUCGGGAAAGUCAGCUUCCGGGAGUGAUAAUCCACGCGAAGAAGAUAGCAGACACCUUGGAAUACUCUGAAUCAGAAUUCCAGAAAGCAGCAGAAUGCAAGAAGCAGCUCCCGGAGUCCAAGUACUGGGAAGAGUCGCACAAAAACCUGCUGCGGGUCUGUGGAUUGAUUGACUGA